AUGACGCAAACCGUCAAUACAACCAGACCCAGUUCCGCAACGUCAAUCGAGACUACCACCGCAGAAAGUAUUAUUACCCCUAUGGAGAACCAGAGCCAUUUGGAACCCAAGGAACAGGAGAAGGAGUUGAUGGAAGCGAGGGAGGUGGAGAAGGAGGUAGAAGUGGAGGUGAAAAAGGUAGAGGUGAAAAAGGAGCACAUUCCAAUCUCUAAAACAACUGAGAGUAUGGUGACAGUCCGACUUUCCGAUCCCGAACUCGUGUCCCUCCCUUCUCCAACUCCGACCUUGAAACUAGUCGACGAUAAGGCAGAAACAUAUUCACUUAAUAGUGAGCCAACGUACGCCGCCGAACGAACAGAGUCACCAUUAUCAGAGGAGAUGGCAUCUAGAAGAACUAGCAAGGACUCGGUGGCAUCUCAUACUGGUCCGGAUUGGGGCUUGUUGGAAAGGACAGAGGGUGAACACACCAAAGACGAUGCUUCACAAGAGGGAACUGCUUUCCUUCUUGCAAGGCUCGAGCAAGAAAAUAAACGUCUCGAAAAGGAUCCUAAAGCCCUACUUAUCCAUCCUGAGCGCCCUCCUUCAUUGGCUCAAUUGAAAAGGAUGAUGGACAAGCCAGACCCAGCAACGCUCAGAUACUCGAUGCUGCCAGCACCUCCCCCUCUUACUGACCUCGAUUUCUAUGCGGCGCUAGUUUCCGACUAUAAAAGAGCAGCCUUGAAGCUCCCGCAUCUUCUUAGUCAGAAAAUCCAUGGAGGUGUUCCACCACCUCUUCGUGGUGUAGUAUGGAUUGCCAUGUCUGGAGCAAGAGACAGCAACCUGGAAGGCUUGUAUGAUCAAUUGUUGGGUGAAACUUCUCCCUAUGAACAGUUGAUCGGUAAGGACAUAGGUAGGACGGGACUGGAAAUGUUUAAGCAAGAAGGCGGAGAGGGACAGCGAAUGUUGGGAAGAGUUUUAAGAGCAUUCUCGAUUUACGAUACGCAGAUCGGUUAUUGUCAGGGUCUUGGGUUUUUGGUCGGUCCUUUGCUCAUGCAUAUGGGAGAGAAAGAAGCGUUCUGUGUCCUGGUUAGACUCAUGGAGCAUUACGAUCUUCGCUCUUGCUUCUUGCCAAAUAUGUAUGGCCUUCAACUGCGCAUGUACCAGUUUACGCAACUCCUUGGAACACAUCUUCCUGAGCUUGCAGCGCAUCUCAAUUUUCUCGGCAUCCAACCCACAUAUGCUUCGCAAUGGUUCCUCUCAUUCUUCGCCGUUAGCUGCCCCUUACCAAUGCUUUUCCGCAUUUACGACGUCAUUUUUGCAGAGGGUGCACCAGAAACCAUCAUGCGUGUUGCAUUGUCUCUAAUGAGGAGGAACCAAAAACGGUUACUGGCAUCGUCUGAAUUUGAGGAUGUGAUGCAGAUGCUUCUUGCUAGAGGCCUGUGGGACACUUAUAAUUGCAACGCAAACGACCUUGUCCAGGAUUUCGUAGGAUUGACAGGUGUGGUGACAAGAGAGGCAUUGACGGAAUUAGAAAAGAAAUUUAAGGAGGGAAACCCAGAUGAUGGCACCGUGAAAGUUGCGCCAAAGCAGCAGCAGGUCCCAACCACUGAUCUUCAAGCCGCUGCCUCAAGGUUUUUGGGUAGAAUUUGGGGCGGUAGUUCGUCUCCUGGGACGGUCAAUCUGAGCCCAAGCUCCUUGCAAUCAUCUCGCCCCGCAAGCACCGUAAUGAUGAGAAGGACGCCAUCCAAACAAAGUUUAUCAACUGUUAGCUCUUUUGAAGCUUCCGACAGUAGUAUUAGCAGUGCUAGCACUGAUGCUACAACACUAUCGCGCUGCUCAUCUAUUACACAAGAUGACCGGAGAUUAUCGACGAGAUCAUUCUCCUCACGAAAACAGAAUAAGGAUGGCGAGUUACAUGGGCAGAUUGAGGAUUUGCUCAUGGCUUUGAGUCAACUGCAACGCGAACAUGCAGCGAGAGUAGAGGAGCUUGCGGCAGUCAAAGCCGAACGUGACGAGGACCGGCAGCUCACCAAGAGGCUUGUAGAGCUUCUCGGGAAUGGCUCCCAGAACGAAGAGGAAAGUGUUGCUGAGAUUAGUGAUAUCUGUGAUCACAUCACUGAAACCCUAGCAAAAGCCGAGACAGAAGCUGCCUCAUCACGAAAACCCCCUACAUCAACAGUACAAAUCAAGCAGGAUCUCGACCAUACUCGGGAAAACCUAUACCGAGAACAACUUAGAUCCAAAGACUUCUCUAAUCGGAUAACUGAACAAGAUGCCGAGAUUGCAAGGUUGAAGGGUCAGCUCCAGGAUGCCAGAUCAAAAUGGCAAGAGAGCCAGAAAGAGAAGCAGCAGCUCCAAAAACAAAUAAGUGAUCUAAAAUACCCUCUACCUUCACCAGAGCUCAAAUUCGACAGCAAUGGCGAACCUCAGAAAGGAGGACUGAGAGAACUUAGGCUUGGGCGCUCAAAUUCUACUAGAUCCCAGCAAACACCUACAUACAACAAGCGCACUAGUUCCUUGGGUAUGCACCAGCUUCUCUCAUCUCAACAGAAUAAUUCCCCUGCCAAUGAGGAUACACUUCUCCUCGAGCUCGUCGCGAGUAAAACAGCUGAAGCUGUUGCGAAACAAGAAGCGGAGGAGGCUAAAGCAAAACUUGAGGCAUUGAGGAAAGUUCUCGGGGGCGGGUCCAACAGUACCAGGAACGCCGGCGGCAGUACGCCGUAUUCACCCGGUCCCAGACUGGAGAGAGUAAACAGCACUGCAAGCUUUUCAUCAUAUGUGAGCUUUAAUUCGAAUACCCCACCCACACCCAGUCAACCUAGCAAUACCAAUAGUGGUGGAGGUGGUUUCUGGGGCGGAUGGGGGAAGAAGGCAGCAGUUGAUUCACGAUGA